CGGACUCAGGGACUUUCUGGUAUUAGCAGUGGGAGGGACAAGGCCCCCGCCGGCCUCUGCCUGUUGGCUCUGCCACCUCCCUGCCCACACAAGGGGCCCAAGUCCCGGCCGCGGGUCUCUCGUGUGAAGUGCAGGAGGCAAGGGGGGGACAGUGGCCUGGAUACCCACAGGCGCCAAGUGGUGAUGGCCACACCCCAGCAGGUGGGAGCUGCGGCCGGUGCCCAUGCUGGCUGCUUCUGCGGAGGGACUGGGCCUGCUGCAGAGCCCAAGGGCCAGACGGGCCAUGUCUGGAGAGCUGUGUGCUUCGGCCGUCGGGGCCCAGUAAGCCCUAAUGAAGACGUGGUGCUGUGGCCACCGUCUCGCCUGCGGACUUGGGAACGCCGUGAGGUGCCAGGGCUAGAGCGACUGGCUUCCGUCUCCAGAAACGCCCACGUGCGCCUCCGCGGGGACACAAGGGCUUCAAAUGGCAGCUGUCAUUGGGCGAGCUACCAGGCAGCCCAGCACCCACACCGCAACGGCCCUGGGUGCAGAAGUGUCUGUGGGGUGCUGGAAGACACCGUCCCAGGGGAAUCCCGAGGCCGCUCAGUUAAACGGAGCCGUCUCCAACACGUGUGUUUGGCGGGUGCUGAAACACGACCCGAGAGCCACAGUAAUGACAACGGAGCAGGGGGAGGGCAGGAGGGCACUCUGCUGUCGCCAGCCCCUCGGCCCAAGCAGCAUGUCUGGGGGCCUGGGGUGAAGCGUCCCUCCCUGCAGGCCCCACGGUGGGUCACAGGGCGUGUCGCCUGAAGCCCUGCAGGGAGAGAGAAGUGCAGGACAAGAACUGAUCUCCUGCCCCAGCGGCCAGUCAGCCAGGAGGUAGGCGUUUUCUGACCUCAGCUCACAGGUAAGGAGCUGAGCCUGGGGUGCUGCAGCCACCUGGUCAGGGUCCCGGGGGACCAUGGCCACGCUACGUCCACACACCUGACACCGACAGGGAGACACACUCCUUGAAAACACGACUUAACGGCACAGAAGGAAAGACGGCCGGAUGCCGGCCUGUGACGGUUGAAGAGGUGGCUUCUAAUCAAACCCGCCGGGGCCUUGGCCUGCUUCUGCUUGAGCAGUCAUCAGCAGAAGGGCCAGGGCGACCGAGCGGGCCCCGCGGGCCCGUCUCCAGGAUGACGGCUGUCGCCAGGCACAGCAUCCUGUCGCCUCCUGUGGAACCGGCUCUGACAAUGGCUCACGAGACGUUUCGUUUAAGAUGUUUUCCAGGAACCUGAGGUCGGCCCCUUAGCCAGCCUAAGCCAGUUCCAGUCAGCUGAGGCCACCGGCCUCCCACGGCCCACUCAAGUGACCGAACCUCGGACCAGCCCACGUGUCCCUGUGACCACGGCGCGUACGACCCGGUGUGUCUGUCUAAAUUACCAAGGGGGCUCGUGUUGGCCGGAGGAGGGCACAGAGGCCUGAAGUGGGGCACGGUCACACCACAGUCCCUCCUCCUCAUCUCCCUGUCCUGGCAGGGCUUCGGGCAUACGUGCACAUGCACACACGUGCACCACACACGUGCACGCGUGCCUGUCAGCGCUGGGUGUGAACCCGGCCGGCCAUGUGGGAUGCGGCUUCCGCACAGCACCUAACCACCGCACUGCGGGCAGCCCGCACCGCCACCGGCUGGCCAUCUGUCGCGGCCCCUCUGCCCACACCCCAGCAGCCUUCCUCCCGGCCCCGGCCCUGAGCCGCUCUGAGCGAGCCUGCCUCCGCCCUCCCAGACUUCCGGGCCUCAGGGCACCCCUGCACUGAGGUUCUACCCAGCAUGCACGGGACCAGGGAGCCCUCCAGGCAGAGAGGAGGCAACUUCCCAGUGCGCUUUGUUAGCGGGCUGACCCCAGCACCGAAACCUCAGCAGGACGCUGCGGAAGCAGAACCAGACCGCAGGGAGUGAGGCCACACUGCCACUGCCCAUGCCCAGCUGGGGAGGGCUGGCCCUGGGAGUCCUCGCCUCGGGGUGUGUGGCGGCCACAGAAGUCCUAGAUCCAGGCCCAGCCGACCUGCCCUGAUAGCACGGUCACCAGGCCGACAGUGCGUCCACGCAGCCGCUCCCCAAAGACCUUCUCCAUCUGGGCUGGGCCGGCCCACUCGGCUCCCAGUCCUGCCCCCUGGCUGCUCCAGCACAGGUGGCCCCCCCAACUGUCCACGCUCAACCACCAGACCCAGCAGGUGUGCACGCUCAGUGACCACAGGCAGGGUCAGCCAGAAUGGCCUACGAGGCCUGCAGGACAAGCUUGCCCAUCCAGCUGACAGCUAAGAGCACAUGG